CCACCUCAGGCUUUGGGUUUGCCUGGUAUAAAUAACAAGCGCGUAUAGGAUUGCUUGUUUGUUCAAUUCUAGCAUGAUAAAGAAUUUGGCAAUUGGCAGGUUUCUGAUGAGAUUGACGAAAGAUGAAAGUUAGCUCAACUUAGCAAUUGGGGAAGCAGACAGAGUUUUCAGAGUGGAAAUGGGCAAGCCCAGAUGAAGUCAUUGAGCAGGUGUGUUGCUAAGGUCUUUCGGAAAUGGUUCUAAGAGUGUCUAGAAGAGAGAGAGAGACGAACAGAACAUGGUGGGGACUGUACAUAGAUAGAGAGGAAGAAGGAGAUACAUAUACAUGUAUUGAUACGUGAAAUGACAUAUAGCCAUCAACUAAAUUUUCCGUUUGUUCGAUGGAUGGAAAACAUGAAGGAUGAAGUAAAUAUUUUUUGAAUAGCUUAAGGGGACAGAAAAUGCCACAACUCAUGAAGUUCCAAUGUUAACUGCCAUAACUGAAAACGCCAGCGAAACCCUCAUCAAACUCAACUCCCGUCUCUCAACUCUAACUGGCUCCCACCACUACACAGACACCCUCCACCUCUUCCUCCAACUCCACUCCUCCCACCGCCUCCGCCCCGACCACUACUCCCUUUCCACCACCCUUACUGCCUGCGCCCGCCUCCGCCACGCCACCGCCGGCUGCCAGCUUCACGCGCACUCCCUCAAAACAGGGCUCCAAUCCUACCCUCAUGUCGCCAAUACCCUCCUUUCUCUCUACGCGAAAUCAAAAGACUUGACUUCGGUGAAGCGGGUUUUCGAUAAUUUAGAAAACCCAGAUGUUUAUUCGUGGACUACGUUGAUGUCGGCGUGUACCAAGCUUGGGCAAGUUGGGUAUGCUUGUGAGGUGUUUGAAAAAAUGCCUCAUAGGAGUGUUGCGGUUUGGAAUGCGAUAGUCACUGGUUGUACUGAAAAUGGGUAUUCGAAUGUUGCUUUGGAUAUGUUCCGGAGAAUGCACUUGUUGGGUGUUAGGCAUGAUAAUUACACCUUUGCUAGUGUGUUGAGCUUGUGCUCGUUGGAGUUGGUUGAUUUUGGGAGGCAGGUGCAUUCAAUGGUGAUUAAAACUGGGUUUUUGGGCAGGGCUUCUGUGAUUAAUGCACAACUGACAAUGUAUUUUGGUUGUGGAAAUGUUAAUGAUGCUUAUCAGGUAUUUGAAGAGGCAGAAGGCCUACGUGAUGAGAUUACUUAUAAUGCAAUGAUAGGUGGUUUAGUAAGUGUGGGGAGAGACAAAGAUGCGUUGAUUAUGUUCGUAGAGAUGCAAAAUGUUCGUCUUAGACCUACUGAGCUGACUUUUGUGAGUGUAAUAAGUAGUUGUUCAUGUGCAAGAGUUGGCCAUCAAAUACAUGCCCAAGCUAUUAUGAUGGGUUUCGAGAUGUGUACAUCUGUGAGUAAUGCCGCUGUGACCAUGUAUUCUAGCUGUGGGGAUCUAAAUGCAGCUCGCACGGUUUUUGAGAGAUUGGAAGGAAAGGAUAUUGUCUCUUGGAAUGCCAUGAUUACAAGCUAUGCUCAAGGGAAUUUGGGGGGAGCAGCAACUUUGGCCUACAUUAAAAUGCAGAGGGACGGAACUCAACCAGAUGAGUUUACUAUUGGAAGUCUGCUAGCAAGCUCGGAGUCUAUAGAGAUUGUUGAAAUGAUUCAAUCCCUAGUGAUUAGAAAUGGGCUCAUCUUUAAAAUCGAAGUAUCAAACGCUUUUAUUUCUGCGUUUUCUAAGCAUGGUUACAUGAAGCAGGCCUACGAAGUAUUCAGUGACAUGUCUCCAAGAAAUUUAAUUUCCUGGAAUACAGUUAUUUAUGGGUUUCAAUUAAAUGGGUUUGCAGUGAAGGGCCUUGAGCAAUUUUCCCUGCUGUUGUCAAGAUUGAGGCCAAAUGUUUAUACUCUAAGCAUUGUUUUGAGCAUAUGUGCUAGCGUUUCAUCUUUGAGACAUGGGAAACAGGUUCAUGGUUACAUUAUCAAACAAGGUCUUUUUUCAGAGGCAUUGUUAGCGAAUGCACUCAUCUCAAUGUAUGCAAAGAGUGGGGUUUUGGAUUUGUGUUUGAGAGUUUUCAACUCAAUGUCAAUUAUCAACAAAGACAUAGUAUCUUGGAAUUCUUUGAUAUCUGCUUAUGCGCAACAUGGGGAAGGAAAGAGAGCUGUGCAUUGCUUUGAGGCAAUGCUAGAUUCAGGUGGGGUCCAACCAGAUCAGGCUACCUUCACAUCAGUCCUUUCAGCUUGCAGCCACUCGGGUUUAGUUGAUGAUGGAACUCGGAUUUUCAACUCUAUGGUGAGGAACGAUGGUUUUCAGCCUGGAGUAGAUCACUUUUCUUGCAUGGUUGACCUAUUAGGUCGAGCUGGAUACCUUGAUGAGGCAGAAAGGCUAUUAAAUGGCAAGCACAUUGAAUUAGAUUCUAACACGUGGUGGACAUUAUUCAGUUCUUGUGCAGCUCAUGGUAAUCUGAGAUUAGGAAGAACAGUUGCUGGAUUUCUUCUUCAAAAGGAACAGAAUAAUCCGGCGGUUUAUGUUCAACUGUCAAAUAUUUAUGCAAAUGCAGGACAAUGGGAAGAAGCAGCUAGCCUGAGGGAAAUGAUGAAGAGCCAUGGGGUAAUAAAGCAGCCUGGAUACAGUUGGGUUACAUCAUAAGUCAGUUCAAAGACCAUGAAUGCUCAUGGGUUUGGUAUUGAAAUUAUGCCUCCAUCCUACCAUAGGAGUCAGGGCAUUGUGAUUUCUUGCUAAAUAGGAGUAGUAAACGUAACAUUCUUUCGUGAAUUUUUGCUAAAUAUAACUUUCUUGUAUUUGCUCCCUGUGAGGCAACAUUUAGCUUGAUGUUUGACAUGUAUGAAUAUCUCCCUCCCUCGCAAACUUUGGGAUUUGUGUUGGUAGGUACCUUGCUUGCUAGUGACCUGAACCACCGCAAGCAUUUGAUUUCGACUUUGAAUUCAGUUUUUCUUUCUUUGUUUUAGGUUGAGCCA